AUGAAAGCAAGAUAUGUCGGAAGAACUAAUGGAAUUACAGCCAGCACUUUCGAAUCAUUGCACAGAGAUGCAGCGCUAGAAACCAGCACGAUCAUUAACAUUGGAAAUGCAAUCAAGCCGCAAUUUACGAAUCCGAGCGCAAAAUCAAUACGCUUGAGGUCCAUCGCCUCUUUUACCGCCGAAUCGGGCACGGAGAUGCCACCUGCAGGAGCAGCCGACACGAACCACCAUGUUCGCAGCCAUGAUGUGGCAGAGGCCUCGAGCAACCCCGUGCAGUACAGCCACCAGUGGGUGGACAGCAGGACCACGGGCAGGGUGCCUAGCAAGUGA